AUCAUGCCUGAACCAGCCAAAUCCGCCCCGAAGAAGGGAUCCAAGAAGGCCGUCACAAAGACCGCCGGUAAGGGAGGAAAGAAGCGUAGAAAGUCCAGGAAGGAGAGUUACGCUAUCUACGUGUAUAAAGUCCUGAAACAGGUUCAUCCUGACACCGGGAUCUCUUCCAAGGCGAUGGGAAUCAUGAACUCUUUCGUCAACGACAUCUUCGAGCGCAUCGGCGGUGAAGCGUCUCGUCUCGCUCACUACAACAAGCGCUCCACCAUCACAUCGAGAGAGAUCCAGACCGCCGUGCGUCUGCUGCUGCCCGGUGAACUGGCCAAACACGCCGUGUCUGAGGGCACAAAGGCCGUCACCAAAUACACCAGCUCCAAGUAGAAGAACAUCCGGUUUCUCAACCAACACAAAGGCUCUUUUAAGAGCCACAAAUGUUCUCAUCUAAAGAGUCUCUGUGUGUGCAAACUAAGAUUAUAAACUAAAAUGUUUGCCUGAUUGUGAAAUGAUUAAUCAGAAAUUGUUCUGUAUUUGUGGAAGUGGCGUUUCUAGACUGCAGAAACUG